AUGUGGGGAGGCGUCCUUCUGGCAUUCCUUUUGCUCUGCGGUUCGAAGGCCGGAGCAGAUGGUUCCGAUCACAAGUACCGCGAGGGGGAUCUCGUCCCUUUCUAUGCGAACAAGGUGGGCCCGUUCCACAAUCCAAGGUAAAUUGGGGCAGAAACCCCCUUCCUCUGUUGUUAAAUCUGUUAUUUGCGUUCUCCCUCCGUUGCUUCGUUUUCUGCUUGAAUAAGAUGGCAAUGAUUUUUAUCUUAGAUAUUCGUAGAUGUUUCCCGAGGACAUAUUUGACUAAUUCUUUUUGUAAGCUAUGGAGUCGUGAUCAAGUUCGAUGAGUGAUCUGUUAGGGUUUCUGCCUAUCUCAUUUCCGUUUGUGUCGAGCAGAUCUUCCAGUUCUCAUUUGGUGCUGACUCUCUCGGAGACAAGUUGUCCUGCUUAAAACUAAUCAGUUCCAAAUUGUUCUUGGGCCUGCGCCACGAUGAUAUUCUUCUAGGGGACCCUCUCCUCAUCAUUUCCAACUCUGACCUCAUCACUUUUUUUGCAGUGAGACAUAUCGGUACUACGAUCUGCCCUUCUGCUCUCCAGGUCAGGCCGGAGUUUCUGAGAUACCAUCUGACGUUCUCCACGUUUUUCCCCACUUGACCUAAUUUCGCUGAAUUCCGGCAGGUCCUGUGACUGAUAAGAGAGAAGCCCUCGGCGAAGUUCUUAAUGGGGAUCGCCUGGUCGAUGCUCCCUAUGAGCUGAGGUUUCGGAAAGACCUGCAAUCCAAAACCAUCUGCAGGAAGAAAUUAACAGAGGAGGAGGUCGCGAUACUCAGGGAUGCAGUUUCCAAGGACUACUAUUUCCAGAUGUACUACGACGACCUCCCCUUCUGGGGGUUCUUGGGGAAGGUGGAGAAGGAGGGCAAGCAUGAUCCUGCAGACUUCAAGUACCUCCUCUUCAACCAUAUUCACUUCGAGAUCCUCUACAAUGGCGACCAAGUCAUUGAAAUCAAGAUCCAGAUGGAUCCGAAAUUGUCUGUGGACAUCAGCAAUGACAAGGAGAUGGAGGUGAGCUUCUCGUACUCGGCCACGUGGAAGGAGACCGACAUCCCCUUUGGGAAGAGAAUGGAGAAAUACUCUAAGACAUCCUCUCUUCCCCGCCAUUUGGAGAUCCACUGGUUCUCCAUAAUCAAUUCAUGUGUGACGGUGCUCCUCCUGACUGGGUUCCUGGCAACGAUCCUCAUGCGUGUGCUCAGGAACGAUUUCAUUAAGUGAGCAGAAUCCAAUCUUUUCCCUUGCCAUUUUUAGCAUUAUUCUUGGGCUCUUAUGGCUUCUCUCUGUUCUACUUCUUGUGAUAUUUCUUUUGCCAUUAUUUCUGGAAGGUACUCCCAUGAUGAAGAAUCUGCAGAAGAUCAAGAGGAGACAGGGUGGAAGUACAUCCAUGGUGACGUCUUCAGAUUCCCCAAGCAGAAGUCCUUAUUCUCUGCUGUUCUUGGAUCAGGAACUCAACUUCUAGCUCUGUAAGAAUUCCUCCCUUUUUACCCAUCGUUCAGAUAUUUUAUUUCCAUUUUGGGGGUAUGUUUAUAUGUCCUAACAACUGUUGAGGAUAUAUCAGAGCCUUGUUCAUCUUCCUCCUCGCGCUAGUGGGGGUGUUCUAUCCAUACAAUAGGGGAGCCUUCUUCACAGCUCUAGUUUUAAUAUAUGCUCUCACCUCCGGCAUUUCUGGCUACACUGCGACUUCGAUGUACCUGCAGCUAGAAGGGACCAACUGGGUAUGGUAUUCCCUAAAAUGGAAAAGCAUAGAAUAUUUCCCUUUUCUAGUAAUCGACUCAGCUUACUUAGAUUUAUAUGUAUUUUUUAUCAUUUGCCCGACAUUGCAGGUCAGGAAUUUGCUGUUGACCGGCUGCUUAUUUUGUGGCCCCCUCUUUCUGACUUUCUGCUUCCUCAACACUGUGGCAAUCGCAUACAGUGCCACUGCAGCACUACCAUUUGGGACCAUCCUGGUCAUCCUCCUCAUCUGGGCACUGGUGACUUUGCCGCUCCUGGUCCUGGGUGGUGUUGCCGCCAAAUCGAACCGGGUCGAGUUCCAGGCUCCAUGCCGCACAACCAAGUUCCCCAGGGAGAUCCCUCCUCUGCCGUGGUAUAGGGGGACGGCUCCCCAGAUGGCCAUGGCUGGGUUCCUGCCAUUCAGCGCCAUUUACAUUGAGCUCUACUACAUCUUUGCCAGCGUGUGGGGCCACAAAAUCUACACCAUAUACAGCAUUCUCUUUAUUGUGUUUAUCAUCCUGAUCAUUGUCACUGCCUUCAUCACCGUGGCGUUGACCUAUUUCCAGCUUGUUGUGGAGGACCACAACUGGUGGUGGAGGUAAUGUGUUCUAUUUAUUGGUAGAUUCCCAUUGAUGAAUUUAUUUUUUAUGAACACUUUUAUGGAAAUCUUCGGUAAUUUUUUUUUUUAGAGAAUAAUAUCAAAGACGGCCAACAGUGCUGACAAAUAUUAUCGAUGGGGAUUGUUCUUCAGGUCUGUUCUUUGUGGAGGCUCCACCGGUGUGUUCAUCCUUCUCUACUGCUUCUACUACUACCAUGCGAGGUCAGACAUGUCGGGGUUCAUGCAGACGUCCUUCUUCUUUGGGUACAUGACCUGCAUCAGCUACGGCUUCUUCCUGAUGCUGGGCACCGUUGGCUUCCGUGCCUCCCUGCUGUUUGUCCGCCAUAUCUACCGGUCCAUUAAGUGCGAGUAA